AUGGCACGUGCGAAACGCUCACUCGAAGAAAUCGCCAAUAAAUCCGAUUCAGAUGAUGACGACUACAGCGAUCACCCGAUCCGUGAUAGCCGACGUUCAGCCUCCAAAUCGAAGUCGAAGAAAAAGGCUCGGCCUACAAAGAAAAGGGCGCGUCGCGAUUCCGACGACGAUAUUUUAGAAGACGACGAGAUUAGUGAGCUUGACUCGGUUUCGUUCGGAGAGUCUGAUGAGGAAGAGGAUGUGAACGCACCAAGAAAUGCGCGGGGUACGGUUGCACGAAGAGCCGCCACGAAGAGACCUAUAUACGACGAGGGCGAUUCAGAGAGUAUCGAGGACGAUGAAAACGACGACGAGGAAGAAGAAGUUGUGGCUCCAUCCCCGAAGAAGGUGGUGAAAUUGAAAGUGGGCGACGGCCUGAAGCGGCAGGCGAUGCAGGAAAUUUACUCUGGCGCUCGGCGGACGACGCGACGUACCCGUGACCCAUCCGAAGAUAUCUACGCUUUGACUAACUCCGGACGCCAUGCCCAAACAAUUCAAAGAGGUACCCAUAGCCCAGAAGCAGACCGGGGUCGCCGCUCAUCCCGUGGCUCGAAGCGGGCUCCCGAUGUUGACGAUAUCGAUGAGGUUGACGCCAAAAUGGAAGACCCGGAUGUCAUCGAAGAAACUUUAACCGAGAUCAAGGCUUCGCAAGUGGAGAUAUCGGAAAGCGCCCCAACCUCCUUCCAAGACGAUGGUGGACAAGGCGCAGCUGCCGAGGAUUCAGGCUUCGUUCCGGAGUCCGAGAAUGGUGAUGCGAAGGAAGAAGAUGACGAUGACGACGACGAUGAGGGCCCGACUACAAGGCGAAGAGCUCGGCCGAACCGCAGCCAGAUUACCGAAGAAGACACGACACAGCCUUUCGAUGAAGAGGAUACGGGACCACGCCGCUCAAGUCGUAAGAAGCCCAAGUCUUCGCAACGGAAAAACGACGAAGAAAGUGAUUUCGAGCCAGAGGAAGAGGAAUCUGCCGAUGAGGAUGAGCUGUCGCAGUCCGGCAAAUCUCAAGGUUCCCCGCGCAAAGCCAGCCAAGCCCAAGACGACGACUAUGAGAGCUCAACCGGCCGACGCCCAGGCCUCCGUAAAAGAGCCUCUCGAUCACGUGGGGAAUCCGAGGCUGCUGAUAUCGCAGAAGAAUUGGCGGAGGAGCUUCAUGAUCUUCGAGGAAACCGCCCGCGCCGCCGCGUACACCAAGAAAUUGUUUAUGAGAAGCCCCGACGCAGCCGAAAGGACGUUGAUUACCGCAUUAUCCGCCCCGACCUGGUCCUGCCAAUAGAGGAGGCGGAGAAUGAAGUCAACGAGUCUCCGUCGCGUAGGGGCCGUGGCGGGGGCGGAAGCACCUGGCAGCGUACACUGUUCCCAACCUAUGGGCCCUUUGGAGGCGGCGGGCCGUCUGCAAUUCUGGGGCCACCCGGAGCACAUGCUGCCACCGGCGGAGUUGAUAGCGAUAGCAGUGAUGACGAAGGAAUGCAACAUCCCAAAGGCUCAAUAUCAGGACCAGCUGGUGGCCCCUUACCCCUCCCUUUUGCGACCCAGGCGCAUGGUACCGACGCAGCUCAAGGCCAUUCUGGAACCCCAGCGAACCUUGGCCGCGUUAAAGACAAGCAGGCCCUAGCGGAUGCAGAUCCCCUUGGUGUUGACGUGACAGUCAACUUCGAUAGUGUAGGCGGUUUACAGGGCCACAUCGAUCAACUGAAGGAGAUGGUAUCUCUUCCGCUCCUGUAUCCAGAGAUCUUCCAACGCUUCCACAUCGUGCCACCACGUGGUGUUCUCUUCCAUGGACCUCCGGGUACAGGUAAGACCCUCCUAGCUAGGGCUCUGGCAAACAGUGUUAGCUCCGAGGGUCGCAAGGUCACAUUUUACAUGAGGAAGGGAGCCGACGCACUCAGUAAAUGGGUUGGGGAGGCCGAAAGGCAACUUCGCCUUCUGUUCGAAGAGGCUCGUAAAACCCAGCCAAGUAUUAUCUUCUUCGAUGAGAUCGAUGGAUUGGCCCCUGUCCGGUCAAGCAAGCAGGAACAAAUCCAUGCGUCCAUCGUUUCCACUCUCCUGGCGUUGAUGGAUGGCAUGGAUGGUCGUGGCCAAGUCAUUGUUAUUGGUGCUACGAAUCGCCCAGACUCUAUUGACCCUGCUCUUCGUCGCCCUGGUCGGUUCGAUAGGGAGUUUUACUUCCCACUGCCCAACAGCGAAGGACGCCGUUCUAUUUUGGAUAUCCACACGAAGGGCUGGGAUCCGCCGUUAGAAAACGUCAUCAAGGAUGAACUUGCAGAGAUCACGAAGGGGUAUGGUGGUGCAGAUUUGCGUGCUCUUUGCACUGAGGCCGCGUUGAACGCGGUGCAGAGAAGGUACCCCCAAAUCUACAAGUCUGACAAAAAACUUUUGAUUGAUCCGAAAACAAUUGAAGUCGCCCCCAAAGACUUCAUGUUGGCAAUCAAGAAAAUGGUCCCUUCGUCAGAGAGAUCUACGUCGUCUGGUGCCUCACAAUUACCUAAACCCAUCGAACCGUUAUUACGACACCCUCUGGUUGAGCUUAAGAGUAUCCUCUCCGAGAUUCUUCCCCAACGCAAGAGGCUUACAGCCUUGGAAGAAGCCCUGUUUGAAGAAUCAGGAGACCCCUCAAAUGGCUUCCAGCGCGAGCAAAUGCAACAGGAAUUCGAAAGGUCGCGGGUCUUUAGACCUAGGCUAUUGCUACGCGGUUCUCCUGGAAUGGGUCAACAAUACUUGGCAAGCGCCCUGUUGCACCACUUUGAAGGUCUGCACGUUCAGUCAUUUGAUCUUCCGACGUUACUUAGCGACUCAACACGGUCACCCGAAGCGGCAAUUAUCCAGCUUUUCGCCGAAGUCAAACGACAUAAGCCGAGUGUGAUCUAUAUCCCUGGCCUUCAAAAUUGGACCGAGACAGUUGGCCAAGCAGUGAUAUCUACGUUCCUAGGUCUUCUACGGUCUGUGCCUUCCACUGACCCUGUCCUACUACUUGGGGUUAUGGAGGCUGGCAUGGAAGAAGUAGACCCUAGGUUUGUGAGGAGUCUCUUUGGCUACUCGAAGCGAAACAUCUUUGAGCUCGCCGCACCAGACAAUGACGCGCGUUAUGAAUAUUUUUCCAAGCUCAUUGAUCUUAUCAAGGCCUCGCCUUCCCAGCUGCCUGACCCUGAUAAUCGGAAGAAGAGACAACUUGAAGAGUUAGAGGUGGCGCCGCCGCCGCCGCCGAAAGAGCAGACUCUUUCGAAAGAACAGCUCAAAGCUCAGAAGAAGAAGGACUAUCAGACUUUGAAUCUGUUGAAGAUUCGUAUCCAGCCCAUCAUGGACCAGAUCAAGAAAUACAAGCGCUUUAGGAGCGGAGUCAUCGAUGAGUCUCAGAUUCGCUAUUUAUGGGAAGAGGAUGACCCGAAUGUUGUGACGAGUGAUCUGCCGAUCGAACAGCGGACGACAUUCCGGCCAUUUGAGAAGGCGCACGAUAAACACGGCGUCCUGGGCCUCCGGGAGGCGGUAUCUGGCAAAUUUUUCUACAAUAUGGAGAUUGUAACCAUCGAGAAGCGCCUUUCUAACGGAUAUUACAAGCGUCCCAAGGACUUUUUAGCGGACAUUAAGCGAUUAGCGAAGGAUGCUCGGCAGCUUGGUAAUGAUCAGGAGCGUUUGCUCAGGGCGAAUGAACUUCUGUCCAAUGUUGAAGUGGAUAUCUCUACUAUCGAGCAGGCCGAGCCAGCGUUAGUGGCUGAGUGCGAAAAUGUUUAUCUUCGAGAGCUGGAGCGAGAGAAGGCUGCGCUAGAGAAGGCGAGAAAAUCUCAAGAGGAGGAAGGCAUUGCGGCUCGUGCAGGAAACAGGGUCCCUCAUGGCAAUACAGACUCAGACCCGUCGAGCGGCCCCGUGGUACUCGGUGCUUCUUUCCCUGAUCUUGCUCCUCAAAUCCCUCCUAAUCGGCCGGUCACGCCUACACGACAGUCGAAUGUCAGCUUCAUGACUAAUGGAUAUCACCGGGGCGAUGGGUCGGAUUUGAACGAUUCGCACCCGAAUAACGGCUCACGUGAAUCUCACCCUGAUGGAGAUGGGGACGUUUACAUGACCAACUCUGAUCAAUCUGCAGGACAGGAUACGCAGGUAAGCUCGUUUGGGCCUUCUGCGCAACCUAAACCGGCCUAUUCCAUGACUGCUCCCUCUCAACAGGUGCGGCGAGAGUCCGGCCUUUCAAGCUUCUCACAGAAGGGGCCCAUGACCCCCAUGGCUCCGGGAUCCCAACCGGGAGACUAUACCAAUGAAGCCUCCACCACACAAACGACGUCAGAUAAGAAGUCGUCCGAUCAGUCUUCGCAUCCACAGCCUUACACUCAGAGCCCUAUCGUCGCUCACGGAGGACGGCACGACUACCCUGAUCUCACCCAGUAUCCCGAUCGUGUGCCGCAAGAGGAGCUCCCGGAUACCCAACAAGGGGAUAGUAGCCAACCAUCCCCUCAAUCUCGCGAAUCCCAACUUGUGCAGGUGGAUGGGCCGGGUGUUAGUCAGUCGCAACCAAAGUUACAACCCCCUGUACCUCUCUUCGACGGUACUUCUAGACAGCCGACCGCCCUGCAAUCCCUGCUCAAUGACCAUGAUGAAUCGCCGAAAGUAAUCAUCGACCACGAUUACGUCCGAAAUCUACAUAAAGAGAUGGCCCAGCGCACGAGCGGUUGCUCCGUCGAACAGCUAGAGCAGAUUAACACUGCGCUGAUGGAUUUCCUCUGGCACACGCGCAGUGAUUGGAACCGCAGCAAGGUGGCUGCUGGGAUUCAAAACACGUUCAACGACGUCCUCGAAGACAUGCAAGCUGUACAGGAGAUUGGACCGAUUAGUCAAAAGACGAAAGAGCAGCUUGGAUCGCUUUAUUAG